AUGGGAAAGAAAUCCAGACACCAAGGGGCUGAAAAACCGGCGGGGGCUCGGGAUAUCGGAGCACUUCUCCUCCGACCUGCCAAGGCCGCAGAAACUCCCGCGCCGAACCAAGAUGGCGACUCGGCCUCCUCCGGAGAACAGAUCCUCGAUGAACUAGACGACUUCCCCGGCACAGGGGGACUACAUAGCAUAUCUUCAGACGAAGACAACGAAUUGCCCUCCACCAAGGGAGACAUAAAAGCCCUCCUUUGCAAUAUCCGCUCCCUCUUUGCGGCGGACAUAGCGGUCCUGAGGGAGGAGAUCCACACCGUAGAGGGGCGAGUAAAGAAGACAGAGGUGGACUCGCAGGGCCUCAUCGCACGGUGCAUACAACUAG